AUGUAUAACAAAGUAAUAAUAAGCUCACUUGUGGCUGUGAUAUUACUGAUCACAUUGUAUGCCGAACAUACUGGUGCCUUCAUAUUGAGAAGAGAGUCCUCUUUGAAUAGAGGAUUGCGUCUGUCACAUGGUAUCGAUACUAGACGAGAGCAACUGCAACAACAUCGUUCAAACAAGAUGACAAACAGACACUUGCCCCAGCCAAUGUGGUACACGCAAAAGGUCGACCACUACGACCCGCUAAACACCGACACGUUCCAACAGCAAUACUUUGUCAAUGCCACUUAUUGGAAGCCUGGCGGACCAGUGUUCCUGCUGCUGGGUGGUGAGGGUCCCGCCAGCUACACCGGCGUCACCGGUCACUUCAUCAUCAACACCUACGCACAGAUGUUUGACGCGUUGAUCGUCAGUGUCGAGCACAGAUUCUACGGCAAGUCGAUGCCCAAGCCAACCCUCGACACCAAGCAUCUCAAGUACCUCACCACUCAACAGGCCCUCGCCGACUAUGCCCAGUUCAGGAACUUCAUUGCUCAGAAGUACAACACAGGAUCUAGCAAAUGGGUAUCAUUCGGUGGAUCAUACUCUGGAUCAUUGUCUGCUUGGUUCAGACUUAAGUACCCUCAGCUGAUUGAUGCUGCCAUUGCUACAUCGGCACCAGUACAGCCACAGCUUGACUUUAAGGAGUACCUUGAGGUCGUGUCCGCUUCGAUUGGACCACAGUGCUCGGCACGUAUCGCCAACGUCACCAACGUUGUAACUGCAAUGCUAAACACUGAUCGCAGAAAGGUUGAGAAACUCUUCAACACCUGUGAUGAGAUCCACAGCGACGAUGAUGUUGCCACCUUCUUUGAGAACCUCGCCGACUCUGUUGCCGAGAUCGUUCAAUACAACAAUGACAACAAUCGUUACACUAUGUUCAACAUAUCAAAGAUGUGCUCCAUGCUUGAGGCAGGAGAUGACUUGACAUCAUUCGUCAACUUUAACAAUGAGUUCAACACGUUCAGUGGCAACAACUGCACACAGUCAAGCUACAAGUCGUUGGUCAACCAGCUGCAGGAUGUUGAUCCAAACGGAGAGUUUGCCUCCAGCCGAACAUGGACAUGGCAGACAUGCAUUGAGUACGGAUACUUCCAGACGGCUCAGUCGCCCAACCAGCCAUUCUCGCCAACCAUCACCCUGGACUGGUUCCUGCAGCAGUGUCUCGACAUCUUUGGACCAAGAGACGACGGCCUGCCCUACCUGCCCCAGACCAAGUACAUCGAGAGCGACUAUGGUGGCCGCAACAUCCAGACAUCGCAGACUAUCUUCCCCAACGGCCUGGUUGACCCCUGGCACGCACUGGGUGUGCUCAACGCCACCAGCUCCGAGAUCCAGACCAUCCUCAUCACUGGCACUGCUCACUGUGCCGACCUCUAUCCAGCUCUGCCCACCGAUCCCCCUGGACUUGUCCAAGCCAGACAGAUGGAAGUUGAUCUCAUCUCGUCAAUUCUGCCAUAA